GACGCUGGACUUUUGCGUGGUUACUUUUCCGAACGUUGACUUUGCGCUACGGCCAUACCGCGCUUGGAUUAAAAAGGACUCACAUUAAUCGAAAAUACCGGGUAGAUAAACGCGAACGUUGCACGAAGAAGAACUGUGUAUCAUUAAGGUAGCAUGAAGGAUGAAAAAGACAAUGAUGAUCACUCAGAUAAAGGGCAUCAAAAACACAAGAAAAGGACCAAGCUGUUGGUUAACCAGCUUAAGGAGCAAAUUGACUUCUAUUUUAGUGAUUCCGCAUUGCUGAAAGACAGGUUUUUGAAGCAGCAAAUAGAAAAUCACCCAGAUGGAUAUGUUGCCAUCAGCACUAUCGCCAGCUUCAAUAAGAUAAAACAAAUGACAGAUGAUAUAAAACUUGUCAAGAAAGCUAUGAAGUUAUCACAGCAACUGGAGUUGAAUGAAGAUGGUACCAUGGUAAGAAGGAUGGCCCCCCUGCCACAACCCAGAAAUGUUGAUGCUGAGACUGUAUAUGUUGAAAAACUUCCUUUUCAUGCAGAUCAUGACUGGCUUAAAAAGGUGUUUAGUGAGUUCGGCAAAGUCCUCUAUGUGAGCUUGCCUCGUUUCAAGCAUAAUGGAGAAAUCAAAGGGUUUGCUUUCAUUGAAUUUGAAUCAAAGCAACAAGCAGAACAUGUCGUACAGAUGUUUAACAGAGAAUCCAAGACAAAAAAAGAAGAAAAAAGAGAACCCUCUAUUGACGAUAAAACAAAGAUUAAGAAACGCAGGAGGUCACACAGUGAAUCUGACCUAGAGUCAUCCAAGCUGAGCUUGAGUCAAUCGGAGAGGAAGAGGCGGCGGACCACCAGCGAGACUUCAGUAGAUUCCAACGAGAACGCCUCUCCGUUUAAACCUCCGCCAUGUAAGAGAUCAGCACGUAAUGAGAGUGGUACCGCAGACAAGAGUGUGGGAGGCACUCCAGAGGCUGAGAAAACUGCAGAAGGAAGUAAAACUAGGAAACGUAAGAAAAGCGUGCGGUGGGAGGGCAGUGAAGAAGAAACGGGCUUAAAUGCGGAAAGCGAAACACGCGAUAGUGAGGGUGAAUGCUCAAUAAAAAAGAAGAAAAGCUCCGAGUCUGAUACAAACGACAAGAAGGAGGAAGAUACGUGCGAAAGCCAGAAGAAACACAAGACGAGGAAACGGAAAAAGAAAAACAAGGAGAAAAAAGUUGCGUCGCGUUUGCCUCACUUGCGAGUCAUCUCAAAAUUAGAAUGGCAACGUCUGAAAGAGGAAUACAAGUCUUUGCAGCGACAAGCUAUGCAGGACCUGAAGAAACAACUAAAACAGACAUCUGAAGCUCAACAGCAAACUGAAACAAACUCAGCGCCCAAAGCUAAACCAGCCAAACCUAGCGUGCCUUCACCGACCCAAACCGCUCCAAACAAAAUACCACCAGACCUUCCACUUAUUCAAGGAGUGGUCCUCCGAUUCAACCGCCUUGACAAUGAACUCUCAACUAAAGACGUUAGGAAAACGUUUUCUUCAUAUGGUCCAGUGGCGUUUGUUGAGAUGGAUGAAGCUACCGGAGUGGGUUAUGUGCGUUUUCACACUCCGGAAAAGUGCACCAGCAUCUUGGAGCAACUCUCGUCCGAAGCUUCCCCCUCUGUGAAAGUGACCUCACUCACAGGCGAGGAAGAGAAACAGUACUGGAAGAAAAUCAACGCAGACCGUGUGGCCCGAUUUCAGGCAAAGCGUGAAAAAAAGCGAGGAACCGAGAAGGUGAUAUCGCGCGUAAAACAGAUGAAGUGCAGACACGUCAGCAAUCCAAACAGAUUCACAUCCGGUUUGACGAAGCUUGACAAACGGCAAGUCAACACCGCUGUACGACCUGUAUUCAAACUGGUUUUAAAUCUAGUUCGACGAUGGAUAGGCAUGUUACCUAAAACACAGAUUUAUUGCCCAAGUUGCGAACGUGUGUUAUAUGAGCGGUUUGAAACUUACUCCGUCUAAGCAUGAUCUAAGCGGAUAUUAGGAUUCGUGUAUCAACAACGGUACAUAUGGACACGGAUUUGAGUAUCAACGAAGGACAUUUUUGUUAAGGUUCCUAACUUUAGUUCAAGGUCGAAUAGAUUGAUUGCUGGGAUGACUAUUAUCUCGAUUUCUCUUUUGUACAUAUACUACAGAUUAAGUAAUGCUCCGUGUAAGAACUACGGUGAAUCGAUAGGUCCUGCGGCAAUAGGGGUUCGUUAUCUUUUUAACUAAUCUAAUUAAUAUUGCUAUGCUUAUUGGUUCAAGACGCUCUGCCCGCCAAAUUUGAACUUUGGAGUCACAUUUCUCUGAAAUAAGUGCUCUUGCACUCAUAUUUAUUAGGGGGCUUAGGUUCGAAGUAAGAAAGCUUUCAACCUUUGCAUUUUUGUUAAAAUCGUAUGUUCGGAGCAUGGAGAAAUCCCUUUCGGAUAUCUGCUAAUAACUUUUUAUACUUCACUUAUUACACUUUUGCGCUUUGUCUCUUGCCAAAGCAAACAUUCCGCUGGCUAAACGUGUGAAAAUACGGUCUCACAUUUCCAAAAGCCUGUUAGUGCGGUAGAAUUUAGCUUUCCAAAGAAAGUCACUUUUUCUUUCAAAGAUUUUUGACAACGAUUUUCAUAUUAAGAUUGACAACUAAAACGAUUCACGCCUUUAAAUAAAGUUACCAAUUUUGCUUUAUUCGAUCCUCAAUACAACUAUUAUCGCAUACAAGCCACAGCAAUAAAGUUUACUGGAAUUCACAGUAGUAGCAGCCCUCUAAUUAUUAUUUCAUCGACACAGACAGAACACACAAUAUUUUCUUAAAACAAGCCGCAAGCAAGGUUUAUUCCAUAAGCUCAUUGAUGAAGUCGAGAGUGUCCAGCUUAUAAUCGGGGUCUCCGUCUUCGAUACAUAGUGAGUCCUCAUGGCCUACUAUGUAUCUUCUACUUCAAUGCAUCGUUCUAUGUCCUUUAGUUCUAUGUCCCUUUGUUUAGUUGGUGCUUUCAUGAGUCGUACAGCAUCAACUGAUGACGGCAAAAUUUGCCCUAGUGCAGAGGUUUCCUCAAUGUCCUGUAAAAAAAGUACACACAAACUUAAGAUUCCUUCUCAACUUCAUUUCUUGAAUAUCAGAACUUAUAAAAAAUACAAGGCAACUACAGUCAACUCCCUCAGAAGCAGACACGUCAGGAACUAAAAACAGUGUUACAAGGGCUGUCAGCUAAUGAAAAUGAAGAAAGACAUUGUUGCUUACAAUUCUUUCACUUAGACGGGAGUUUGCUGUACCUAAAUUUCAGGGUGUCAAACCCUAGGAUGUUUCGCUACAUUCAAGGAAUACAUUCGGGCUUGUUGGUAUUUACAUUUCACCCAGCUUAUAAAUCAGGCUCAAAUAACUCAUAUUUACAUAUUCACAUCGUAAACUCAAAUGACAACUUCCCGUAAUAAAACUCUUUAGUAAAAUAGAACGAGUAAAAUAUUUCGUUCCCUUCUGAACCAAUUAUUUGUCUCUCAAGUACUUAUUGACCUAUGAAUUUUUUACCUGGAAUGGUUCUAACGCGGCUUCAGCAGCAGCGCUGGUCUCAGAGGUUUCCGGUUGGAAAAACACGCUGGAACUUGAGGCAGUUUCAUCUCUACAGCUCUGCAAUUUUGAUUUUCGAAAUAAAUAACAAAUUGAAAAGGAGGAUCAAGACUGGUCAAGACAGUACAGAAUCAGCAGAAUCUAUACGGCAAGCGACAGAACAUUGACUUUGAGAAAGAUCAUUUUUCUCACCUCGUGUGAAGUUUUCAUGCGUUUGUUUCCAAGCUCCAAAUCGACUCGCUGUCGGCAGUAUGUACAAAUGCUUCUAGACCAGCCCUCAAGGACCUCUGUUCCACAUCUGAAGGCUUACUGCCACACCAAGCCUCGUGGUUUGGGCAGCAACAUGCCUGCCUUUUGAACACCAUACCAAGCUUUUCUAACUUCUCGGACAAAGUUUGCAAGCAAACAGAACUCAGAAGCGUUUCUUUAAAGUAUAUACAAUAGAUUUUCAAACUAUUUUCGAAGAGAUAAUGAAUAGCGAGAGACUUGUCUUAAUAUAUCGAGGAGGAAGCAUGUAGAAUUCAAAAUGGCGACGUGAGCGCUAGGUCGGAAAUGUAACUUCCGAACAUACGAUUCGGACAAAACUCGGGGAUAAGUCGUAACAAUGCAACCUUUGUUUUAUUCUUAAUUUAAAUGUUUGUCAAUCAAUGGAUAAGAUACGGAAAACACCCGAAGAUGUAUUUUAGCCAAUCAGAGGGCAGAAUUUUACUGAAGUUUUAUAGCUACUUCUGCGCAUGCGUUGCCGCAGGGUACCGUAGUUCUUACACGAACCAUUACUUAAACUACAGGAAGAGAAGCUAAUACCCUAAAAGAAGGGAGAGGAUUGUAUUUUAAUUAUGACGCGACGAGGCACACUAGUAAAAAGAAGUUUGUAUUGAUA